AUGGUGAGGAAGAAGGUGCCGGAAUGGCUAAACAGCACCAUGUGGUCCACUCCACCUCCUCCGUCGUCUUCUUUCGACGACGAUUCUCUCCUCCGCCAUUCCCCUUCCACUAAAAUGUCUACAAUGAAGGAAGAGUCAGAUACGAUCUCCGUUGCUUCCUCCAGGCUCAAUUCUGCUCCUCCUCCUUCCAAUUCCGCUUCAUCUGUUCCAUCGCCGUCUCCUAGACGGAGAAACAACGGUAACAGUAUCUCUGGGGGUAGUGGAGGAUACGGAAACUCUAGUGUACCUGCUUCCUCGGCCGAGGACUUUUCCCGCCAGGCUCAUCUCUCUGCUGAGUUAUCGAAGAAGGUGAUUAAUAUGAAGGAAUUGAGGAGUCUUGCUUCACAAAGUUUGCCUGAUUCUCCUGGCAUCCGCUCUACCGUCUGGAAGCUUUUGCUUGGCUACUUGCCGCCUGAACGAUCACUCUGGUCAUCUGAAUUGAAACAAAAGAGAUCUCAAUACAAACACUAUAAGGAUGAGCUUCUUACGAGUCCUUUAGUCAGAAAUCACAUGGAGAUUGGUGAGGUCAAAGGGGUUUGA